AUGUCAAUCAAAGAAGAGCCAUCAGAUGAGUUGAGUCUGGGACUGGCCUCUAGCCAUGCGUCCAUGGCUCACCGGUUUCGCACUUUUUCAAAUGAUCCGCUGGCACCAAGCAGCAGUUCACAUCCAUUAAUGGACCCAAUGGAAAUAUCACAAGGGGUUCCUCAGAGUCAAACGAUGGAUUUUGUCGACCAUGCCGCCAAAAGGAAAUUUGAUAAUGUAGAGCACAACUUUGAUCAAGAUGUUGGAAUGGAUCAUCAAGGUUCAAAGCAAUCCGAUUUGGCAUUGAAUCUUUCCUUAGGUUUGCCGGAGCGGGGAAAUGAUCUGGCAUGCUAUAAUGUUCAAAAUCUGAUAGGACAUCCUGUAUUGGGAGAUGGUAACAGGAGCGGAAAUGCAGCAUACACUUCCUCCUCAAGUCAUGACUUGAAAGAAGCAAGUGGAAUCGAUCAGUCAAACUCAAAAAAAGCGAAGCUGGAUCUGGAUUUGAGUCUGAAUGUAGGACUGCGUUCACCGGGCCGAAAAGAUGACCCAUAUUAUCUUUUCCCUCUUCCCCGAUUUCCAAAAGAGGAAAUUGAUGCGAUAGGUCAAAACCAUCUACAGCCGGGAAACCCCCAAAGAAAUGGGAAGAAAAACGCAUUGGAGAAUUAUAAUCCCCCAAGUGUUAAAAAGCCAAUCACAGUCAAGUCAGAAGGAGUCUCAGGAAGCAACGGAUUCAAUGUGCCUGAACACCAUGGGGUUGUCAAACCUUUGCCAAUUAGGGGUUAUGAGUGUAAAAAUGUGCCGAUUAACUCCAGCGAGCGAGUUGGUUCCUCUCGACAAGCCGGUCUCGGCAGUCCAUCCAAUCUUGUUCGAUCGGAAAAAGCAAACUCUCUCGCAACGUUUCAGGUGGACGAUAUGAACCCACUGGUAUGGGCUUGGAUUCCGAUCAUCACGGAGAAGCUUUACAAAGCUGUAGCGAAUGAGGUGAAAGAACACAUCGAUCCAUUCGUACUAACUUUGAUGGCUGCAUGCAUUCCGAAGCAUAAAAGCCAUCAAAGAAUUGAGCUAUACCAAGACCCUCAAGGAAAAUUCUCAUUGCAAAAACAGGGGAAACAAUUCAUGGUGGCAAUGUGGGCCUUGAAUUGCAGAAAUUUGGAAACAUUGGGCGUUCAACCUUCUUCAGGCGCGCGUUACAUUGAAGAACAAAAAAAAUUAAUCCGAUCGUUUAUACUGUUCAUGUUGAAGUCUCGUGAGGAUCCCUCAACCUUUGGGUCUCAGGACCAAUCUUAG